CGUUUGGGGGGCACUGAGUAAUGCAGCCAUUUCUGACCCAGCAGCCGGGAAAAUGUGAGGCAAUUUGCGGCUGCUGGAAGGAGGACAGCUGCGGCUGAGUCCCUACAAGAGCAGAGCGACCUCACCACCGUGGACCCGGGCAACAGAGCCAGGCAAAAUGGACGACAAUAUGAACACAGAAUCCAUUCUAGAAGAACUUCUUCUCAAAAGGUCACAGCAAAAGAAGAAAAUGUCACCCAAUAAUUACAAAGAGCGGCUUUUUGUUUUGACCAAAACAAACCUCUCCUACUAUGAAUAUGACAAAAUGAAAAGAGGCAGCAGAAAGGGAUCAAUUGAGAUUAAGAAAAUCAGAUGUGUGGAGAAAGUAAAUCUUGAGGAGCAGACCCCCGUGGAGAGACAGUACCCAUUUCAGAUUGUGUAUAAAGAUGGGCUUCUCUAUGUGUAUGCAUCAAAUGAAGAGAGCCGAAGUCAGUGGCUGAAAGCAUUACAAAAAGAGAUAAGGGGCAACCCCCAUCUGCUGAUCAAGUACCACAGUGGGUUCUUCGUGUGCGGGAAGUUCCUGUGCUGCCAGCAGAGCUGCAAAGCGGCCCCCGGAUGUGCUCUCUGGGAAGCAUGUAAUGUGACCCCUCUGCUGGGCUGGACCCCGGGUGGACGAUGCCCUUUAGGCAAACCUGGCAAAUGCCAGAACAGCUCGCCAGUUCAGGAAAACAAGAUGUGCCAGAUUGAUGCUGAUCUGCACAUUGAACCCAAAGAAGAAAAACACAGAGUUCCCAUCUUCCCAGACAGAGUGCUGAAGAUUCCUCGAGCAGUUCCUAUUCUCAAGAUGGAUGAACCAUCUUCAAGUACCGCUCUAGCUCAGUAUGACAGUGACUCCAAGAAAAACUGUGGCUCCCAGUCAAACGUCAACAUGCGGUUUAUGCCAAGAGAAGACUGCCCUGACUGGUGGCAAGUAAGAGGACUGAAAAGCAGUGAAGAUAUGGCAUGCAGUAACCAAAGGGAAAGAAAUGUUGUAGAUCACAGCACCCUAAAGAUUUCAUGGGGAUCCCCUGAGUCAAGUUCAUCUGAAGAAGAGGAAAACCUUGAUGACUAUGACUGGUUUGCAGGUAACAUCUCCAGGUCACAAUCUGAGCAGUUACUGAGACAAAAGGGAAAAGAAGGAGCAUUUAUGGUUAGAAAUUCCAGCCAGGCGGGAAUGUACACAGUGUCCUUGUUUAGUAAGGCUAUGAAUGAUAAAAAAGGAACCGUCAAACAUUACCAUGUGCAUACAGAUGCCGAGAACAAAUUGUACCUGGCAGAAAACUACUGUUUUGAUUCCAUUCCAAAGCUUAUUCACUAUCAUCAACACAAUUCAGCAGGCAUGAUCACACGACUCCGCCACCCUGUGUCAACGAAGGCCAACAAGGUUCCCAUCUCCGUGUCCUUGGGAAGUGGAAUCUGGGAACUGAAAAGAGAAGAGAUUACCCUGUUGGAGGAGCUGGGAAGUGGCCAGUUUGGAGUGGUCCACCUGGGCAAGUGGAAGGGGCAGUAUGAUGUUGCUGUUAAGAUGAUCAAGGAGGGCUCCAUGUCAGAAGAUGAAUUCUUCCAGGAGGCCCAGACCAUGAUGAAACUCAACCAUCCCAAGCUGGUGAAAUUCUAUGGAGUGUGUUCAAAGAGAUACCCUAUAUACAUAGUGACUGAAUAUAUAACCAAUGGCUGCUUGCUGAGUUACCUGAAGAGUCAUGGAAAAAGACUUGAGCCCUCCCAGCUCUUAGAAAUGUGCUAUGAUGUUUGUGAAGGCAUGGCCUUCUUGGAGAGCCACCAGUUCAUACACCGGGACUUGGCUGCUCGGAACUGCUUGGUGGACAGUGACCUCUCUGUGAAGGUUUCUGACUUUGGGAUGACGCGGUAUGUUCUUGAUGACCAGUAUGUCAGUUCGGUAGGAACAAAGUUUCCCGUCAAGUGGUCAGCCCCAGAGGUGUUUCACUACUUCAAAUACAGCAGCAAGUCAGACGUAUGGGCGUUCGGGAUCCUGAUGUGGGAAGUGUUCAGCCUGGGGAAGCAGCCCUAUGACUUGUACGACAACUCGCAGGUGGUCAUGAAGGUCUCCCAGGGCCACCGGCUCUACCGGCCCCAGCUGGCAUGGGACACAGUCUACCAGGUCAUGCACAGCUGCUGGCACGAGCUUCCAGAAAAGCGGCCCACAUUUCAGCAACUCCUAUCUUCCAUUGAACCGCUUCGGGAAAAAGACAAACCAUAAAGAAGAAAUGAGAAGUUCCGAUGAGAAUGAGUGUAAACGUUGGCCAACAUUUUCAUUCUUUUUAAGGGAUGCAGCAAAGCACAGACAUUGUAAUUUAGCUAGUUCUUCUUAAUGGUACUUUGUGUGCUGUUUGUUCUAUUAUCUAGAAAUGAACAAGGUAGGAAACAAAAGAUUUCCUUGAAACUUAGGUCAAAUUAGUAAUUUUGUUUAUGCUGCUCUUAAUAUUAUACUUCCCAGCCUAUAGCAGAAGCACAUCUUCUGAUUGAUUGCAAAAUAGAGAGGGUGUGUACCAUAUGUAAAGAUUGAACAGAAUUGAAAAAUUGUUGGAUAUUUGUUCUUUUCGUAAUAUCACCACUAUCAUGAUAAUUAAAUAUGCUAUUAGCAAGUA